UGUGUGCUUCAAUAAUUUUUCCAUAAAAAAAUAUCAUAAAAAGUGACCACAUAUCACCUCAAAGGGAAUAAAUGGUGCAUUUUGUGUCUCAGGAUUCUUUUGUACGGGCAAAGAAGUGGAUUAGAGAAGUGCAAAGACAAGCAAAUCCAAAUUUGAUCAUAUUUUUGGUGGCAAACAAGGCUGAUUUGGAAGAACAGAGAAAAGUAGGAAAUGAGGAGGGUGAGGAGUAUGCUAAAGAAAAUGGCAUGUCUUUCUUUGAAACUUCAGCAAAAACCGCACAGAAUGUCAAUGAGUAUUUAUUUUUACUAAAAUAUAAAAAAAAAUUGUGGAUAUGUUUUUUCUAUUGGAAUAUCGAUCACUUGAAAACCAAAUGGCCAAUGGUUUUAUAUAUUAUUGUUUAAUUUAAUAAAUUUGAUUUUUUUUUUCUAA